UUUUUGAGGCGCCCAAACCAAACCAAGGCUUUAAAUUGAAUUAGGGUUUCAUUUUGACGAACAGUGUGUGCGGGAAGGAGGCGGCUGACGGUGCAAGAGGGUGAGAGGCAUUCAGUACUAAUCCGCCGGAAUGGGUAUCUCCAGGGAUUCCUUGCACAAGAGGCGAGCCACCGGCGGCAAGAAGAAGGCGUGGAGGAAGAAGAGAAAAUACGAGCUGGGCCGACAACCGGCGAAUACUAAGCUUUCUAGCAACAAAACGGUGAGGAGGGUUCGAGUUCGCGGAGGAAAUGUGAAGUGGAGGGCUCUACGUUUGGAUACAGGAAACUAUUCUUGGGGAAGCGAGGCUGUGACCCGCAAGACCAGAAUUCUCGAUGUGGUAUAUAAUGCUUCGAACAAUGAGCUUGUGAGGACGCAGACUCUUGUGAAGAGUGCUAUAGUGCAAGUUGAUGCCGCCCCUUUCAAGCAAUGGUACCUUCAGCACUAUGGUGUUGAGCUUGGCAGGAAGAAGAAGAGCACUGCGGCAUCUAAGAAGGAUUCUUCCGAGGUUCAUGACGGCGAAGCCGCACUAGAGGAAUCAAAAAAGAGCAACCAUGUCGAAAGGAAGCUGGAGAAGCGGCAGCAAGUUCGCACUCUAGAUCCACACAUCGAGGAGCAAUUUGGCAGCGGACGUUUACUUGCAAGCAUCUCAUCUCGUCCUGGUCAAUGUGGUCGAGCCGACGGGUACAUACUUGAAGGCAAAGAGCUGGAGUUCUACUUGAAGAAAAUCCAGAGGAAGAAAGGCAAGAGUGCUGGUGCUGCUUAGUGAGUUCUUAAGCCUCUCAUUAGGGUUACUUUGUGCUUUCUUGGGCCCUCUACAUUGAACUGCAGGAUCUGAAAUAUUAAUUCCUUUAGAGAAUUUUGAUUUUUCAUUUGUUUGUUUUCCCUGCUACCACAGAACAAAGGAGCCAUUAUAACUUAGCUGAAAGUUUUGAGGGUGUUUUUGUUAUUUUAAUAAUUAACUGACGGUUUUUUGGGAAAUGAAUGCAUAUUUGUAUGGUUUACUCAUUUAGGACAUUUAAAUUUACACAAAUAUAAUUGUGUUUGACUAA